AUGGAGAAAAUGUCAGAAAGCGCAAUGCGUGGUGUGGAAGAUGUCGUUCCCAAGGUUACCAAAAGAAAAUCCGAAGAGGAGGCAACGUUUGUGCGGUUGGAGAAGAAGAAAGAGGGAGAAGAUAAGGAGAAGGUUGCAGAUGAGGAAGACAAUGACAAUGACAGCAAAGAGGAAGAAGAGCCGGAACCUGUUCAGAAGAAGUCGAAACCACAAGAAAAUGUAACGUCGGAACCGCCAGACAAUGACGAUGUGGACUGGAGCUAUUAUAGACCACGGAACCAGAAAGAAUGGAGUGGCCGUCCUCCUCCAUAG